GACUCGGCCAAGGUUGACCUGUACUGCAAGAUCUGCGACCUGAGCUUCACGUCCGUACAGCACGCGUCGCAACACUACGCCGGCAGGAACCACGUGCGCAAGCUGGAGGGCAAGCCGCCGCUGCGCACAGGAUACUACAACAGCCGCCUGGGUCGCUGGCAGCGCCUGCCGGUGGAGGAGCAGCAGAGCCGGCCGUACCCGCCGAGGCCGACCACCGCGCUCCGGCCGGCCGACGGCCCAGUCAAGUCGAGCCUGGCCGCGGCGCUCGCGGAUCCGUCCGUCGUCACCGUACAGGUGGCGCCCGGUAACCUGGUGAACGCCGGGGGCAGACCGACCGUCGCAGCCGCCGCCGCCACCGCCUCCGGAGCCUCCGGUGCAGCGCCGAGCAAGUUCUUCUGCCACAUCUGUAACGUGUCGGCCACGUGCCAGCUCCAGCUGGACACCCACAUCAACGGCAGCAAGCACAAGCUGCAGGCCAGGAAGCUGGGCCUGCCGCUGCCGGAGCCGCCUCCAGUCGAGCCAACUGCGGCCGGGGAGCAGGCGGCGCAGGACGAGACGACGUCCGCCACCGAGCCGCCGGCCAAACGCCCCCACAAGGACUUCUCCAUCUACAAGACGCCCUCCGGGAAAUUCUACUGCCUGCCCUGCAAUCUGACCAUGAACUCGGAGACCCAGUUCGCGCAGCACUUCGAGAGCAAAAAGCAUAAGUCCGAGGUGGCUAAGCAGCGCAGCACCGUCCGCUCCGCCUACUAACGGGCCGCGCCGCCGCCAGGCGGUCUCGGCCUAAUCAAGACUGGUGCUUGUCGCCUCUCGACGAGGCCGUUCCAACCCACGCCCGCCGCGGGCCUGAGCGCUCCGCGCAGGGGCGGCGGUGUUGGAGCGGCGAGGGCCACGCAGUGUGUGCCGACUCGCCGCGGGCCAAUCAGGGUGGUGGCAUUGCGCGCGAGCGACGGAUUGACCAAUCGGAGAUCAAGGCCCAGUUGGCGAUCCAGUCGGA